UCAUCCUCUUCCCCACUUCGCACCUCAUCCCGCUGCUCUCAACCGCACACACACACACACACACACAGACACACACACACACACACACACACACAAACAUGUCCUCCGUCAAAGUUGGAAUCAACGGCUUUGGUCGUAUCGGCCGUCUCGUCUUUCGCGCUUCCAUCGAGAAGGACGGUGUCGACGUUGUUUCCAUCAACGACCCCUUCUGCGAUGUCGAGUACAUGGUCUACCUCCUGAAAUACGACUCCACCCACGGUCGCUUCAAGGGAACCGCUGAGGCCAAGGAUGGAAAGCUUAUCGUCAAUGGAAAGCCAGUCAACGUUCACGCUGAACGUGACCCGGCAAACAUCCCUUGGGGAAAGGAUGGCGCGGAGUACAUUGUCGAAUCGACGGGUGUCUUUACCACAAAGGAGAAGGCUCAACUCCACAUCAAGGGUGGUGCCAAGAAGGUCAUUAUUUCUGCUCCGUCUGCUGAUGCCCCGAUGUUUGUCAUGGGAGUCAACGAAGACAAGUACGACCCCUCAAUCCAAGUCCUCUCCAAUGCCUCCUGCACGACCAACUGCCUCGCGCCCCUCGCAAAAGUCGUCCACGAAGCCUUUGGCAUCAAGGAAGGUCUCAUGUCCACCGUCCACUCCGUCACCGCCACCCAAAAGACCGUCGACGGUCCUUCCGGCAAGGACUGGCGCGCAGGCCGUGGCGCCUCCCAAAACAUCAUCCCUGCCUCGACCGGCGCCGCUAAAGCCGUCGGUAAGGUUAUCCCCGAGUUGAACGGCAAGAUUACCGGCAUGGCGUUCCGCGUGUCUACCGCCGACGUCUCCGUGGUGGAUCUGACGGUCAAGCUCGAGAAACCCGCAAGCUAUGCGCAGAUUGUGGAGGCGAUUAAGAAGGCCGCGGAUGGACCGUUGAAGGGUGUUUUGGGCUACACGGAUGAUGAGGUUGUGUCGUCUGACUUUAUUGGAGACACGCACUCGUCGAUUUUCGAUAUCAAGGCUGGGAUUGCGUUGAAUGAUAGCUUUGUUAAGCUUGUGUCGUGGUAUGACAAUGAAUUCGGCUACUCCAUGCGCGUCGUCGACCUCAUCUCGUACAUCGCCAAGAAGGACAAGUCUGCGUGAACCGACGUA